AUGAGGAUGUUAAGGUGGACUUGCGGGAAGACCUUAGCAGACAGGAUCCCGACGGGACUUUUUAGAGCAGAACUUGAAGUACGGACCAUCAUUAACAAGCUAAGGGAAGAGCGCUUGAGAUGGUUUGGCCAUGUUAGGAGAAGGGAUGAAACUGCACCACUAAGGAGAGCGGAGUCUAUUCACGUGGACGGCAUACGAAGAAGGGGACGACCAAAGAUGAGGCGGGAGGAUCGAUUAGCGAAGGAUCUAACAAAACUUGGCAUGUCGGAGGACAUGACGUCAGAUAGGACGACAUGGAGAACUAGGAUUAGACUGCGCAUAAUCUUCUUUGUUAAUUCCGAUAUGCAGUCAGCCACAUGUUGUAACAACAAGCGUACACGUGAAAUUUCUAAACAAACUACCGGCCCAUCUACUUCUAGAAAUGUUGCUUAUACCGGUGAACAAUCACGUCGUCAAGCCUCUCAACGUGCAUCUAUCUUAAAUAACAACUUCAGGGUUAGUUCAUCUGAACAAGAAAGUUCCUCAUCAAAUCCCUUGGGCCUCAAUGUAGGCUUACACUCUCAGUCUGCAGACCAAUAUCUUCUUUCUCCUGAAUAUAUUGAUAUUGGAGACUGCACAAAUGUUUGUCAAUAUUGUGGAGCUUUGUUUUGGUUUGACGAGCGAGUUUUGUCUACACCUUCUGGGCAGCGCCCCGUAUACACAGUUUGUUGUAAACGUGGAGCUGUGUCAAUUCAGUUUCCAGUAGACCCACCUGAUACAAUACGCCGUUUGUUUCAAGACAACCAUUUUAUGAACAAUAUACAUGCAUAUAACUCCAUGUUUUCAAUGACUUCAUUUGGAGCAAAAGUAGAUGAGUCAGUCAAUCAAGGAAAUGGGCCAUACGUGUUUAAAAUUACAGGCCAGAUUUCUCAUUGGCUAGGUUCCCUUUGUCCUCUACCUGGUGAACGUCCUAGGUUUCUGCAGAUGUAUAUUUUUUAUUCUGAGAAUGAAGUAUCAAAUCGUCUCAGUGCUUUUCCUACUACAUCACGCCAUGAGCUGUCUCCUGAGGUUGUUUCUGCUUUAGCAUCUACACUGAACCAAACUAAUGAAUGCAUCCGUCUUUUUAAAAGUGCUAAAGAUUACUGCCUAAUGCCCAACAUUCCUGAUUUCGUUAUUAGGCUUCAUGACUAUCAUAGGCUGAAGAACUACGGCCUUCCCACUCCUGGAACCUUAGGUGCAAUAGAGACCGACGAAGGUUCAGCUUAUGAAGAUUUUGAUAUUGUUGUGCGUAGCAAAGAUAACACACCCCAUAGAUUUAGCAAACUACAUCCUGCAUACAUGCCAUUACAAUAUCCACUUCUAGUCCCACAUGCUGAACAGGGCUGGUUGUACCAACAGUAUUUAGUUGACGCUUACGUUUCUAUAGAACAUGAACGAUUGGACUACGUUCGACGCAACCAGAAUGAUCUUCGUUGCGAAUUCUUACAAGGGGUGUAUGAUGCUUUAUCUACGGGAGAUGUUGAAGGUUGUGAAAUUGGAAAGCGGGUUAUUCUUCCAGCGUCAUUUACUGGUGGCCCAAGAUACAUGUAUCAACACUAUCAGGACGCACUAGCUAUAUGUAGAGUUCACAAAAACCCUCAGUACUUUAUUACAUUCACAUGCAAUGUCAAAUGGCGGGAGAUUCAGCGUGAACUUUCAAAAACCAAUGCAACACCCCAGGAUAGACCAGAUAUUGUCGUUCGGGUCUUCCAGUUGAAAGUGAAGUCUUUUAUGAACUACUUAAAGACUUCCCAACUUUUUGGCGCCGUUACCGCAAAGGUUUAUACUAUAGAAUUUCAAAAACGUGGCCUGCCACAUUGCCACGUACUUUUGUGGGUCUCAUCAGAAUAUAUUAUUCGAGAUGCAACAGAUUUGGAUAAGUACAUAUGUACGGAGUUGCCAAAUCAAUCUAUAGACCCUGUUCUCUAUAGAAUUGUAACAGAUAGUAUGUUACACGGACCUUGCGGUUUAGCCAAAACGAAUGCUUCAUGCAUGUUUGAAGGUGAUCACUUCAUCAAAGCAGGUAUUCCCUUAGACAAUGGUUUCGUUGUCCCUUACAAUGAAGACCUUUGUAGACACUUCGAUGCACACAUUAACGUUGAGUAUUGCGGAUGGAGCAUGCUUAUUAAAUACCUGUUCAAAUAUAUCUCAAAAGGAGCUGAUCGAGUUAAAUAUCAAAUUUCCAGCCACUCAGCUUCUACUUCAUCAGAAAAUCCUGAACGGUCUUCUAAUGUAGUCAAUGAAAUUGAUAACUUUCUGGAUGGUCGUUUCGUUUGUCCUCAUGAGGCAGUAUGGCGCAUUCUCAACUUCCCUAUUCAUCAUAGACAUCCACCUGUUCAGAUACUUGCUGUACAUCUAGAAGGAAAGCAAACAGUAAGCUUUAGAGCUUCACAGAAGCUUUCUAACGUGGUCAGAAAUCCAGCUCUCACACGCACUACAUUAACUGAAUGGCUAGCAAAUAAUCGGCGCGAACUAGCCUCUAACAUUCCUCGCGAACAGACCGGCUUGGAUUUGAAGUACACACAAUACCCAUCUCAAUACACCUGGCAUGGGAACACAAAAAGUUGGAUUCGUAGAGCUACAAAUAGAGUUGCCAGUGUUAGUCGGCUGGUCUACGUCCACCCAACCUGUGGUAACCUCUUCUAUCUUAGAUUACUUCCAACUCAUCAAUUAGGAUGCACUUCCUUUGAAGAUAUACGUACUGUCGCAGGCCUCACAUACGACAGUUACCGUCUAGCCUGUGAAAAAUUGGGCCUCAUUGGAGACGAUCAAAAAUGGUCACAAACACUCUCAGGGGCAUCUAAUUGGGAAACUUCACCUGAGCUCAGGUCUUUGUUCAUUCAUAUGUUGCUAUUUUGUGAAAUCUCAAAUCCUUUAGCUUUAUGGACCGACCAUUGGCAAAAGAUGGGAGAAGACAUUAUUUAUCAACUAUCUCACGUUUCAUCUGCAUCUUCUUCUAUAGCUUUGAGUUGCGACAUACGUGAAUACAUUCUUUACGAGCUCGAACUCUUACUGAAAUCCAACUCUGAAUCACACUCUCUGUCAGAUUUUGGACUACCUUUGCCAACAAAGUCAUCGCUUUCACCGUUAACAAAUCGUCUUCAACUUAAAGAAAAAACAUACGACAGAGAGAUACUUCUCUUCAUAUACGGCCAUGGGGGCUCGGGGAAAACAUUUCUUUGGAAAACAAUAAUUUCAGCUCUGAGAUCUACAGGAAAAAUUGUCCUGGCUGUGGCUGCCUCUGGAAUCGCGUCAUUACUAUUGCCAGGAGGCAGAACAGCCCAUUCAAGAUUCAAGAUACCUUUGGACUUAACUGAAGAAUCCACCUGCCACAUAAAAAAAAACACUCAACUUUCGAAACUUCUUUUGGAAACCUACCUCAUAAUUUGGGAUGAGGCACCAAUGAAUGAUCGCAGGUGUUUCGAGUCACUAGAUAAAGCUCUUCGAGAUAUUACAAACAACAAACACUCACCUUUUGGCGGUAAAUCAAUCUUGCUAGGAGGCGACUUUAGACAGACAUUACCUAUAAAACCGAAGGCAUCAAAAUCUGAAAUCAUAGCCUUAUGCAUUACAAGAUCUUAUCUUUGGCGAUUUUUCAAGAUAUUCACGCUUACCCAAAAUAUGCGUCUCGCAUUCUCAGCUGAAGACACCUCAUGGUUCUGUAAAUGGUUGUUGGAUAUUGGUGAUGGAAAAGUCGGAAAAGUGAAAGAACAAUGCAACGAUGUCAAGAUAAUUGAUAUUCCUGACCAACUGAUUAUCCGCCAGUCCCAAUCUGCACUAUCUGAACUCAUAGAUUUUGUAUAUAGCAAAGAUAUACUUCAUUCUCCUACAGCAAUUGAUUUGGCAAAUGAGUAA